CGCAAGGCAUUCUUUCAUUCUUCUUGCAUUCCUGACAUUAGCACUAAGCAUAAGUCGUUCUUACGGUUUUAAAUACGCUAUUAUUUUUAUAGUUUCGUAUAUAGCUAUUUUAAUAAAUACAUAUUGGCUUCAAGUAAUCAUGAGCCUCACCCCUGAUACGAGAACAAGGGACACUCAGACCAAGCAGAUUCAGGAGAACAUCACCAAUGUAGAGAAGCACUUUGGAGAUUUGUGCCAACACUUUGCUGCUUAUGUCCGUAAAACAGCACGACUGCGGGACAAAGCCGACCUGCUGGUCAAAGAAGUCAGUCUUUAUGCUGACACAGAGACACCCAACCUAAAAAGUGGAUUGAAGAAUUUCGCAGACCAGUUGGCCAAGAUUCAGGACUACCGUCAAGCAGAAGUGGAGAGGCUAGAGGUCAAAGUUAUAGAGCCUUUGAAAGCAUAUGGGAAUAUUGUCAAAACAAAAAGGGAGGACCUGAAGUUAACUCAGAGUGCAAGGAACAGAGAGGCAAAGCAGAUGCAGCAGUUAGAAAGGACGAGACAGAGAAACCCCUCUGACAGACAGAUUAUCUCACAGGCUGAGAGUGAACUCCAAAGAGCCACAAUGGACGCCACGCGCACGACUCGCCAGUUAGAGGAGACAAUAGAUGACUUUGAAAAGCAGAAAAUUCUUGACAUCAAGAAAAUCUUUGGUGAAUUUGUGACAGUGGAGAUGGCGUUCCAUACCAAGGCUUUGGAAAUUUACACAACAGCUUACCAGCACAUUCAGAAUGUUGAUGAGGAGGGAGACCUUGAAGUUUUCAGGAAUUCCUUGCACCCCACUGAUUACCAGUCGCGGUUAGAAAUAGUUAGUGCUCAUUCUAAUCUGUCCUUGAAUCGAACUGGUACAUCAAUGAGUAAAUCAGGAACGUUGCAGUCAAGAACGUCUAGGAGCCAGAGGAAAAGGGAUGAGGAAGAUGAGGAGGAGGAGGAUGAAGAAGAUGAUGAUGAUUUGGAGGAAGUGACAGAUGAUGAGCAUUAAGAUGCAUUUUCAUUGCCAGUCCAUCAAAUAUGUCUGAUCCACAGUAUUUUUAAACGGUGACAUUCCUGAACUAUUCGGUAUUUUAAAUAAAUGGAAGACAUAUUAAAAUAUUUCCACCAUUAGUAUCAUCUACAAUUUAAUUAUUUAUACCGGAGAUCAUCUUUAAAGAGCUUACAUGUAUUACUUGAAAUGUUGUUUUAAAAAGUUUUGCAUAUGCCACACAUAUUUUGUGUACAAAGUGCCAAUUAUUGUCAGUGAUCAAUAUGGUAAUUUAGUUGAAACAUGCUUUGUAAUGUCAUUGUAAAGCCGGUUCUUGCAUAAUGAGUGAUUUCAAUUAUCUCAAAUCCAUUGUCUGCAUUUGAACAUUGUGUGUGGAUCCGUUUAUCAGUUUCAAAAGGCAAAAUGGGUAUGUUGUAUUCAAAAACAUUAGUGAGUCCCUGGAACUUGUCCCACCCGUUGCUCUGUAUCUUUGUAUCUCAUAGCUUUUUAUGUCAGUUGUGAAUGAGUCAGAAACAGUAACCAGUAAUGCUAGUAUUAUUAUGACGAGCUCUGACAGGAGUUUUAAAAGAAAGAAAAAAAUUAACAACAACAUUGAAAUCUGACACAAAUGUAGUUAGUGUACUGUUUAGAUGUUAAAUAAAAUGCACAGUUUAUCUGUGAAAAAGAUUUCUAGCAUCAUGACUGCACUGUAUAUGAUUAGAAAAUUGUCUGAGAGUUUUCCAUCCGUCAAUUCAGAGUGAGCAAAGAUCAGUUGAAAUUCAUGCAGUGCAGAUGUUCUGGCUAGAUUUCCUUUUUUUAGUUUAUAUGCUAAAAUAUGGAGUGCCAUGUUGUGGUUAUCUAAAUGCAAUCAUUGAGAAUGUAGGCCUAAAUUGUGUGCAUUAAAUAUCAAACCUUUAAGAAAAAAAGCUGAGUAAUUCAGUAUACAGUUUAUAUAAGUUUGUUUAAAGGUGCACUCAGUAAUUUUAUUACCCAUUAAUAAUGUUUUAAUCCUAAAGAAUUUAAUCGUAAUUUUGAAACAUGUAUAAAGUCAUGACCACUCACAUCAGAUGAGGAACCUUAUAAAAGCUGUUUUACUCCACACGGGAGGGGCAACCUCAUGGGGGCUGCCAUGUUAGAAUCACAUGAUCAGCUGAAUACUACUCACUUAAUCUCAGUAACAGUCUUGUUAUUGGACACUUUCACUGUUGGAUUAAAUGAAUCAUGGCUGAUUGUGAAUAGUGAAUUUCUACAAUGGCAUCUGUAACUGAAAACUUUUGAUUUUGAAUGAUGCUGCAUCCACACCACUAGGUGUCACUGUGAGUCCAAGAUAACGUGUGCAAAAAGUUACUGAGUGCACCUUUAAAUCAUAUUACGUUUCAAUCAGCAAAUCACAAGAGAGCGUCAAUUUUCAUCUGCCAGUCACAACUGCAUCAAAUUUCAAUCAUCCAAUCACAAGAGACCAUCAUAAGCAAGCAUUUUCAAAAACAAACACUGGCUGUCAUGCUGUGCCUUUGGUUUGCAAAAUUAUUGGUCAUGGAUUCUUUUGUCUCCAUGAGAUGAGUACGUGGAAUAUUUGUGACAGUCAAACAAACCGACCAUUCAUUCAGUGGCCUUGGGGACAACAAUAUUUGAGGAAAGGAUUCCCUUCUCACCCAUCUGACUCAUUCUUUACAGGGGCCAUAAUGGGAACCAGUGUGUGUGUUUGUGUGUGCUGUAGAGUUUGACAGUGCUGAAUAUUAACACGAUGGUUGCCUUGCAGCAGUUAUAAAAAAAGAGCGAGAGAGAGAGAGAGGCAGCAUAACUACAGUGUGAGUCACAGUGAGUCACGAAGAGAGAGAGAGAGAGAGAGAGAGAGGUGCUGCAGGCUCUAGUAUACAUUCCCCAAUACAUGCAAUCUCUCAAUCCAUCAAGCAAACACAGAGGUUUGGUAGUCCACCUAGGAGAACCCUCAGUGACCUCUACAGAGGUGUCAAUGCAUCUGAAUUACAGAAAGUGUCUAAAAGACACUUCAGAUUUAUGUAAUUUAUUGGAUAACAGUGUUAUGCAAAAUUACUAAUAAAUAGUCAGAUUAAAUAGAUGCUUUUUGCAUCAAAUAAUUUAAACGAAUGCAAAAUGUGGCUUUUUUCAUUAUUUUGAGUCACCAAGACACAUUUUGAGUUCUCUUCACUGUAGUAGUAUUUCUAAUGAUUAUUAUGAUUCAAUCCCAAACUGUUAUGAAGAUAUACUCAUUUAAAUGUUGGCUAAUAUAAUGAUUUAAUUGCUUUCCCUUUUAAUUCAGUUCAUAAAACUCAAAAUGACUGAGCAGGUCACAAAUGGUUAAACAUAUACUAUGUUCUAAGUAGAAGUACCUGCACUCCAGGUUUGUUCUCUCUCACCCAGUGCUUGUUUUUAUUAAUGGUUUCGACAUCUCCCUUCAAAAGCAUACUGCUGCCACAUAUAAUAUUGCACAAGGGCUUAUCUGAGUCUAUGAUGAUAUAAUCUGUCAGAGAUGCCUUGGGGUCAUCAGCUUACAGCUGGCGGAAAGAAAAACAGAGGCAUGUGUCUGUGCUGGUCACGAGCCAAUCAGCUUCAAUGAGGAUAUGCAAAUCUGCAUGGUCGUGUGAGCCUGUGUUUGUAAAUGUAUAGAUUUGGGUUAAAUUAUUGGUUUUGAAAUAUAUACACAGGUGUGAAUCAGCAGGCAAAGCUUCCCUGUGGCAGUGUGUUAUUGGAGGAAGAUGUCAUAUAGAUCUAGAAGGGAGUGGCUUUGCCCCCUGAACAGAAAAUGAGUCAAGAUACGAGGCAAAAAUGUUGAUUAAAACUGAUCCUUGAAGCUGUAAAGUAAGGCUGGAUCACUUAUAUUUGGCACAAACCUACACUGCUUUAGGAGGUAUCAAAAAAUAUGUUGUCAGCAGUUAACAAAUGAGUUUCAUUCUGUCACAAGUAGCACUUGUCGACACUUUGUCUGAAGGUUUGUAAACUCAAAAUCAGUGGCAGAUCUGCAAGAAAAUCUAUUGUGUAUCUUUGGUUUUGGAGUUCAGGAUGUUCUCACAAGGUCUUAGGUGAGGAAGCCAGACCCUCAGGGGCCUUACAAGUCCAAAAGUUCCCUAUCAUUGAACUUAACCUAACAAGACAUGAAUCUUUUUCAUUUGAAUUACAUGACAAGCAAAGAACAUGUCAUUUGGCUGUAUGAUUAAGCUAUAGCCUGCGAAAUAAGAGGAAUUCAUUACCCACAGAAUGGAGCCAGUGGUUUUACUAAUGUCUGGGAACAGUGCACUAAUUGGGGAAAAUUCCCUUUUUAUACAGCAAAGAGGAAUGUGUCCCAACUCUUUAUGGCCACACAUGUUGUCAGCCAAGUACAAUUUCUCUGUUUCCAUCAGACCUGCCAAAUUUGUGUGGACUUGGGUGCUGGAUCCAAAGAAACAGAAAGCAUUUCCACUGCACUGAGUUCACAGUCUGUUGACUAACAGGUGAGAAUUGAAGAAAAAUGUCUUAUAUCAUACUGAAAGUUCCAUGUUUACAUUCUCACUCUGCUUUAAGGGACUAUAGUUCACUCAAAAUGAAAAUUCUCUCAUCAUUUACUCAUGUUCUUCCAAACACGUGUGAAGAAACGCAUCAUUACACAUUUUUCCAAACAAUGAAAUUAAUGGUAACUACUAACAUUCUGUCCAACAUCUCCUUAUGUGUUCUAGGGGAAAAAAGAAAGUCAUACAGGGUUUGGAGCAACAUGAGGGUAAAUUAUGGCAGAUAUUUAUUAUUUUUCGGGUGUAAUAAUCUUCAUCAUACUGUGUAUGUCAGAUCCUACCAUGGAAUAAAACCAAAAGGUAAUUGACUAUAUCAAUUGUGACUAUUGCAAUCGAUUUCUUGCAAGUGAUAAAAACUUACAAUUUCAUGAUAUAAAGUAAAACAUGAGAUAAACUUGCAUUUGAAAGAUAUAAAGUCUAAAUUGCAAGAUAUAAAGCAAUUGUGAGAAAUAAAUGAGCAAUUGCAUAAAAUAGAGAAAUAAUCGCGAGAAAUAAAGUCAAAAUUGGGAAAUAUUAAGCAGUUUAUUAAAGUUAAUGUCCAAACGCUGAAACUAUUGAGGAAUAUUAAAUUAUGUGUUUGACAAUCGCUGUUUUAUGAAACAGAAAUGUAUGAGAUUUGUGUUAAACUGUCUAUAGGUCAUGGUUUAUUUUCAAUUAUUAUUAUGUUUAUUACAAUUGUAUUUAUGAUCUAAUUUGUAUUGGUAUUUUUCCACCUGUUGUCAUGGAGUGAUUUUUAAGUCACUGCAAAAAGGCAGUAGGAGAGGAACAAAUGUUUAGAUUUGGUAUGAU